CCAAAAAAAAAAAGCAAGCUUUCCUUCGCCCAAGAUCCUCACCAACCAAUGCUUACAUAUUCUUUUUUCUUCCUCUCUCUUUUAAGUCUUUUAUCUAACAACUUAUAAAGGUUGUUUUGUAGCAAUGAUAGUGGAAGCCCAGAGCUCAUUUUGCACCAGACAUGGCCACCAACAACUUGUUUCUCCAACUCUUCCUCUUAGCUUCCAUAUUCAUGCCUUGUGCCAAAUCCAUUAAUUUCAACUAUCCUGCAGUUUUCAACUUUGGCGAUUCGAAUUCUGAUACCGGUGCUCUUGUGGCUUCUGGACUCGAGGGGAUCACUGAUCCCUACGGACAGACUUACUUCAAAAAACCAUCAGGAAGAUACAGUGAUGGUCGCUUGAUAAUUGAUUUUCUCAUGGAUGACAUGGACUUGCCAUUUCUGAAUGCGUAUUUGGAAUCCAUCGGAGCGCCUAUUUUUAAGAAAGGUUGCAAUUUUGCUGCAGCAGGAUCAACUAUUCUUCCAGCAACUGCAACAUCAGUUAGCCCUUUCUCCUUCGGGGUUCAGGUGGCUCAGUUUCUCCGAUUCAAAGAUCGAGUCCAAGAUAUCUCUAAAACAACAGGUAGGAAAUAUGACAAGUAUAUUCCAUCACAGGAUUCUUUGGGGAAGGCUCUCUACAUGUUUGAUAUAGGCCAGAAUGAUUUGGCGGGAGCAUUUUAUUCAAAGUCUUUUGAUCAAAUUCUAGCUUCAGUCCCUUACAUUUUGCAAGAAUUUGAAGCUGGCAUUAUGAAAUUGUAUGACGCGGGAGCAAGAUUCUUUUGGAUUCACAAUACUGGUCCAUUAGGGUGCUUGCCUCAGAACAUAGCCAAAUUCGGGACUGAUCAAUCAAAGUUAGACGUGCUAGGGUGUGUUGGUGCACACAACCAAGCAGCUCAGCUCUUCAAUCUGCAACUUCAUGCUCUCAGCAAGAAAUUGCAGGGACAAUAUCCAGAUGCAAAUGUCACCUAUGUCGAUAUAUACACAAUAAAGACUAAUCUUCUUUCAAACUAUUCUAGAUAUGGAUUCGAACAACCAAUCAUGGCUUGCUGUGGAUAUGGCGGUCCACCACUAAAUUAUGACAGUCGGGUGCCAUGUGGGCAGACAAAAGUCAUAAACGGCACUUCUGUUACCGCUAAAGGAUGCAGUGACAGCACGGAGUACGUAAAUUGGGAUGGCAUUCAUUAUACAGAAGCAUCAAACCAGUAUGUUGCAUCACAAAUACUCACUGGAAAAUAUUCUGAUCCACCGUUUUCCGACAAAAUGCCAUUUCUCUUAAAGCUCAAAUUCUAAAUACAACAGUGCACAUUAUAUUUAGACCCAAAGAUAUUGUAUAGUAAACAUGAUCCAAUUUAUUCUUCCUGAAAGUUUUAAAUCACAUUUAUUUUUAAUCAAUGACUCAUCUCAAAAGUGAUUCUUUUUAAGGGUCAGAAUUUCAUUUCCAUUGAGGCAUUGAAAAAAGAAUAUUCAUGCAUGACUCUUUCUCGUCAUAAUGGAUUUUCUCAUAGCCCCUCAAAAUAGGAGUAUAGGACUACCUCAUCAAUCCGUUGUUUACAUGGUCAAACAUUUGGUUUGGGCAAUUAUGUGUUUGUACAUAUACUUUACAAAAAUGCAAAAAGAUGGCAAGUUACCUUAGAGCAUGCAUCAAUAGACAACCUAUUUUUUUGAAACAUAUGCAUAGUAUUGUGCCAUGGGGACAACAAAUGCAAUGACCAACAAACCACCAACCACGAGACUGAAUUGCCCUCGUUUUUCUUCCGUCUCUUCCUUGGUCUUAAAGUUGGACUCUCGUUUGUUUUCCUGGAACUUUGGGCCACCAGGGUCUGGAAGACCAUCAAUAGCAGCCACUAGCCGCUUGGCAGUGCUAUAAACGGCUUCAUUGUAUUUCUCUUCAGUUGCUAAUA